AUGUCUCUCUCACCCGUCGUCACACUGCAACAGCCACAGACCGUUCGAUCUGUCUCGUCACCUCUCAAGACACUCGCAUCCGGACAGACUUCCUCCAAUGGCACUCCCAGGCCCGCGGCUCAGCCCGCCCCAAAGGCGGUCGGCCCCGCCACCCUCGAUGUCGCCGAGCAGAUGAACGAGGAAGAGAAACGGAAAUACGUCAAAGGCAAGCCAUGCCGACUGCAACCCGACAAGACAAAUAUCAACUUCAUUGCUAACUUUCGAACUCCUAUACAGGCAAGAAGCUCGGUGAAGAAAAUCAAGAUGCAGAAGGAGUACACAGAGGGCAUGCCCCCCGACGCCGUCCGCGAGCUGAAGCACCUCCAGGAGCUGCACCACCCCAACAUCAUCUCCCUCCAGUCCGUCUUCUCCUCCAAGGACCAGAACGUCAACCUGGUCCUCGAGUACCUGCCCCUCGGCGACCUGGAGAUGCUCAUCCGCGACACCACCAACGUGCACUACGGAGCCGCCGACAUCAAGGCCUGGAUGGGCAUGCUCGUCCGCGCCAUCUGGUUCUGCCACGAGAACUUCGUCCUGCACCGCGACAUCAAGCCCAACAACCUGCUCAUCGCCGCCGACGGCGAGGUCAAGCUCGCCGAUUUCGGUCUCGCCCGCGGCUUCGGCGACAUCCACUCGUACAUGACCUCCAACGUAAUCACCCGCUGGUACCGCCCCCCCGAGCUGCUCUUCGGCGCCAAGCACUACGGCGGCGCCGUCGACAUCUGGUCCGUGGGGACCGUCUUCGCCGAGCUCAUCAAGCGCGCCCCCUUCAUGCCCGGCAACAACGAGCUCGACCAGAUCAAGCUCAUCUGCGACGCCAUCGGCACGCCCACGGAGGACAACUGGCCCGGCGUCACCACCCUGCCCGAGUACACCGUCCCCACCCAGAACCCCGUUCGUGGUAAGGACUUCUACAUGUACCAGUUCGGCACCGUCGGCCCUGACGGCGUGGACCUGCUGAUCCGGACCCUCGCGCUCAACCCCAAGAAGCGCAUCACCGCUCGUGAGAUGCUCAGCCAUCCUUGGUGGCACGCAGAGCCCAAGCCUACGCGUAAGGAAGACUUGCCCCGUAAGGAUGGCGGAGAGGACAAGAUGGGUGCCGAUCUCAAGCGGCGCCCAGGCGUCGUUGAGGAGGAGAAAAGGGGUGCCAAGGUUGCGAGGAAGCUCGACUUUGGCGGAGCUAAGUAA